UUCAGCUGGUGGCCCACCUCUGCAGUUUUUCUCGCCUCGCGCCGCACAAUGAAGACCCUUUCGAUGGAGUGAUGUCUGGCGAGGAGCAGGGUGCUCAGGCACAGAUAUGUCCACAAUGUGGGGAGUUGGUGCAGAAGGCGAUGAAGGCGCACAAGAAGAAGGACUGCAAGCAGAGGAUGGUCAAUUGCAAGCUCUGCAAGAAGCGUUGCACAGCCGAAGAUCUUCCUGACCAUGAGCGAGUGGAAUGCGAACAUCGCCAAGUGACCUGCCGCCUGUGCAGCUCACUGCUAAAGCAGCGCGAGCUGAACUAUCAUCAACUCUACGAGUGUGAGAAUGGCGAGGUGAUUUGCGAGAAUGAUGGAUGUGGCUGGUCAGGCCUGCGGCACCAAGAGGCGGACCACGAAGUCAAGUGUCCAUUUGCAAAAGUGGUCUGUGCACAUUGCUUGCUUGAAGUCCUUCAAAAGGAGAUGCGGGGGCAUAGCUGCAAAAGAGUGCACCCGCAGACCCAGUGCACCGUCUGUCUGGAAUCCUUUGAGAGCCUGGGUCGGAAGAGCAUUGCACCGGCGAUGCUCAUGAUGGAUGAAAGGCGUUCGUGCCCGCAUGUGCAGAUGUGCAUGCGCUGUGCGCAAAGUUGGACGAGCAGAUCAGCGGAGAAAGGUCACUCUCCGAAUUGUCCCGAGUGCCGGGAAGAGUACAACACGGCCACAGCUUACCCGGAUUAUUUGUUUCAUGUCGCCAGCUCUGACAUUCUCCGGCCACCCUUGCCGCAGCGUGAGAAGAUGACGUCGGGCACUGUCUGGUUCGUCUCCCCCUUGGACAUUCGCUUCACCCAUGAUAGCAUCUCUGAGUGCUUUGCACCCUACACCAAGGAUGGUGUGGAGAUCAAGGAGAGGGAGCAGUUGAAGAUCUUAUCCAGCGCCCAAGAACUCCUCGACACCGCCCAGGAGCCCAAGGCCUUGGAGCUGUUGGAGGUGAUGUGGUACAAGAACCAGUUGUACGUGGCAGGCACCUUUAACCGGCGCUUGUGCAUGUACCGGCUCCUGGCUUUGUUCGCGACCGAGCGCUUUGGUUUGAUCAAGGUACGUGUGAAGCACCAUGAAGACCUCAAGUCCAAGCUAGCCCAGUGCUUCACCACCGAAUGCGAAGGACGCUACGUGUCCAUUCGCUCCAACGAGACCAUCGAUCCACUGCAGGUGGGCCAGACGCCUCAUGAGCUGCACUGGCCAGAAGCCGUGAGGCUAUUAGGAGGCGACACUUGGCGUCCAGAGCCGCCUGCAGGUCUGCAGAGCGAAGGCCCUUGCAACGACGCGAAUGACACCACGAGCUCCAGCGCUGCAAGCAACGUAGCGAGCGUGGUCGCAGUCCCCGUAUCCGCGGAGAGCGAUCGCGUGGUGGCUGCGUUCGCAGACCACCACCAGAUGCCGCUGAAGGAGGUCCGGCAGCUCUUCGCGCAGCUCACCGAGGAACAACGCUGGCUGACCUGCAUGCGCUUCCGACACGACCCCAACAAGAGCGGAGUGCCGCCGAUCAAGCUUCUCCAGAUCUUCGUGAAUUCCUGCAAGACCAAUGGCUUUCGAGAGAGGCAUUCGUUGGACCGCGACCCCGAUGGAUGUUUCGACCAAAUUCUGAAGAAGGCAGAUGUUCAACCUGCACUGCAGCGGGGUCGAAUUCUACCAGGUGCUUCACAUCCUUCGAGCCAGCCCAAUGUUCCACCAACACCACCACCACUUGUGCCACCGCCACCACCACCUACCAACUCAAACAGUUUGCCCAACGUCCCUACCUCCCAAGCAUCCCAAGCACCCCAAGCACCCCAAGCACCCAAAGCACCACCCACCUUCCAAACCCCACCCAACGUGUCCCCAACCGCGCAAACCGCGGCGAGUUCCGGCGGAGCGAGUUCCGGCCCGGACGGCGCCGGUCCGGAGUGGCCGCGUCCGGCGUUGAGCGAUGUGCUGGACCUGGCGGUGGAGUUAAGACGACGGGUGGAACUGCUGGAGAUGGAGAAGGAACACUUAGUCAGAGCCUUACAGGCCGCCUUCGAGAAGGUGGCGGAGUUGGAGGGGGAAAACUGGAGAUUGAAAGAGGCUGCGCAGUUCUUCGAGGCCGCUGCGGAAGAGAGGGAGAGGCAGUUGAAGGACCCGCAUCAGACGGAGCGUCCGCUGCACGUGUUGCACGGAGCGUCCAACGUGGCGAUGCCGCGCUUCCGCGGUUCCACCGCGGCUCCACUGCGACGAAGUGCCACGGAUCCGACCUCUUCCAGAGAGGAUGGUUCAAUGCCAGGGUCCCCGAUAGAUGCACCGGUGCACGCACGACCUGAAGCUGGGUAUCAAGCAGAAGUCCCUGAAGAUGAUUCUAGAUGUGAUGCUCAGUGGCCCAACUACCAUGUGAUCGCGCAUGGCUUUCAAAGCCAAUAAACAUGGUGAGUCAUGGGGAA